CUGGGGUUUCGAGAAAUCCUGCCAGGCUUCGAGUCGUUUCAAAGGUCUUCCUAUUUAAAACAUCGACGCCAUAGAUGCUGCCGCUCCCCCUUCUAUGACGAAAAUAAGUGCUACUUCGGGCCAUGUUUGUCUCACUGCGCUCCCUGCGCUCGUUGCUUGGGCCGCAACGAUGGGUAGCGGUGCCGACAUCCGCGCUGGUGAGAUCGACACCGCAAAGCAAGCCUCGCUUGGCAGGGGAUGCCGAUCCUAUCUAGCCGUUUUUGUGCAUGCCGAGACCUCGAAUCGGGGGAGUAAGAUUUGGGUGGACCCUGGCGCGCGCAGGCUUGGGACGAGUGUCUUGGCGACCUUCUCAUGCUGUGCGUCGAUAGACACAGUAUCAGGCAAUAGACCCAGCAGGUAGGACUCUGCGAGCUGUUGAAAUAACAACUCUGCGAGGCCCACGCCUCUGGGGGAGGAGCUGACUUAAACAUUGUGUUUUGUUUUUCCUCCGUG